CGACCCCAUGGCCCGCCGCGGGGCCUCCUCUCGCCGCUGCCGGGUAGCCCCUCCGGCAGGACUCGUCGCCGGCCUGCUCCUUCUCGCUCCCCUUCUGCGGCUUGUGAGGGGGCUCCUACUGUCCCCUCCUCGGGAGGGGUGCUCAGCCCCCAGCCCGGGCCCCAGGGGUAGGCAAGCAGACGGGCUCCGGGCCGCCGGGCCCGCUGCCGCGCUCCCGGGACUACCCGCCGAGGAGGGUUCUCCGGGCAGUGAGGGCGUAGGGGAGCCUCGGCCCCCCUCGGAGCGCGUCCCCAGGUUCCCCAGCGGCGCCCUGUGUCGCCUUCUCCGUCGCUGGGCCUUGGAACUCUGCACCGGGGCUUGGCCGGCUUUUUGUGUGUGUGUUAUGUGUGUGCGCCUGACGGUUCCUGAAGCAUGAACUCCUGCAAGGGAGUGAUUUUAAUUUCCCAGCAGCUCUGCUUUCUGGGUUACUUCCUGUCCCAUUCUUUAGUACUUAUCUUUCACUUCAAUCCCUGGAGGAGCUGGCCUGACAGGGUAGCGGUCCUGCCAUUAUUAUCCCUCCAACUCUUUUCUGAGAGAGUGCCCGUCUGUUAGAGUUGAGAUCCCGAUUUAGGUUUAAGCUGCCUUGCAGGAGAAUUAAAAAUUGUGACUCCAAACAACAAAGUAAGAGAGAAGAGAGAAAACAACAAUCGGAAGACUCCCAGAAAGGGAUAGCAGGUCGUUUGACACACAUGGGCACCCAAGAUUAUGAAUAGUGAAGACAAUGGAGAGUGGGACAUCCAUCAAAGAGUAACAGUCUCUUAGAAGGAAAACAAGUGCCCAGUGGGAUAUGGGGAGUUGAUUGCAAUGGCUUUUGAAUGACCUAUGAAUCAUGAGGAUCUGGAAAUCCUUAUGACAUUUACGUAAAAGAAGGUUUAGGGGAUGAUGUGGGCUGACAUCCUUACAAAGCAGGGCACUGGUGACUCCUGUGACCUCAUGACGCUUCUGUAAAAGCCAGAUUCAGCUAGGAUGUUACACCAUCACUGCCGGAGGAACCCUGAGCUACAGGAAGAGUUGCAGAUUCAGGCUGCAGUUGCUGCCGGCGAUGUUCACACCGUGCGCAAGAUGCUGGAGCAAGGGUACUCUCCAAACGGUCGAGAUGCCAAUGGCUGGACCUUGCUUCAUUUCUCUGCAGCAAGAGGGAAAGAGAGAUGUGUCCGUGUUUUUCUUGAACAUGGAGCUGAUCCCACAGUUAAGGACUUAAUUGGAGGCUUCACUGCCCUGCAUUAUGCAGCCAUGCACGGCCGAGCGAGGAUUGCGCGCUUGAUGUUGGAAUCGGAGUACAGAAGUGACAUUAUUAAUGCGAAAAGCAACGAUGGUUGGACUCCCCUCCACGUAGCAGCCCACUAUGGCAGAGACUCGUUUGUCAGGCUCCUGUUGGAGUUCAAGGCUGAGGUUGAUCCGCUCAGUGAUAAAGGUACUACACCGCUUCAGCUGGCCAUUAUCCGAGAGAGGUCAAGCUGUGUGAAAAUCCUGCUGGAUCACAAUGCCAACAUCGACAUUCAGAAUGGUUUCCUGUUACGAUACGCUGUGAUCAAAAGCAAUCACUCGUACUGCCGAAUGUUCCUUCAGAGAGGGGCCGAUACAAACUUGGGUCGCUUGGAAGAUGGACAGACACCCUUACACUUGUCUGCUCUUAGAGAUGAUGUGCUUUGUGCACAAAUGUUGUAUAAUUACGGAGCAGACACUAACACAAGGAACUAUGAAGGACAGACCCCACUGGCUGUUUCAAUAAGUAUUUCUGGAAGUAGCCGACCCUGUCUGGAUUUCUUACAAGAAGUGACAAGGCAGCCCAGAAACUUGCAAGAUCUAUGCCGAAUUAAAAUCCGUCAGUGUAUAGGCCUUCAAAACCUAAAACUACUUGAUGAACUACCCAUUGCCAAGGUCAUGAAAGACUACUUAAAACACAAAUUUGAUGAUAUCUGAUAUCCAUGAAGAGAAGAACUCUGAGCAAGAUUAGUUAUAUUCCAGAUACUGAAGAGGCUUGUUGCCUUGCACAAAGUAUAUCCUAUGCAAAUUCUGAUUUUUCUGUGAAGUCAGAAGGCAGGUAUACACUUCCUUGGGUUUUUUAUACCACAUACUAGAAGGUCUUAAAUUUUUGGUUUCUUGGUCCAAGUUUACAAGGUCCAAGCUUUCUAUACGAUACUAUGUUUUACAAAUGGCUGUUGGGUUUUCCUUGGUUUGUUUUCACACGAAGUGCGCGGAUUUGCAGUGCAGGUGGAAGGUAGCCCCUGAAGGGAAGUGGCUCUUUUCAAUUGGCAUGCUCAGCAACUACUCAAGAGAGCACUGGAAAUCAAGGCACCACUCCUGCAAAAGGAUACUGAUAGAGAAAUACCUCCAGGCUCCUGUUGUCUGUUGGGAUUCUUGUCUCUGCCAAGGUCUGUGGUAUUUGCAGGAUGGAGGGAAGGAGCCGAUAAACGUAUUCUGCGGUGCUGUGUUCAUGGUAUUUGCAAAGUAAAGAAACAAUGCAGUUACCCCAUACAAUUUGAGGGUCUAUACAUUGGCUUUUUUAGAUUGGUUUUUUUCCCCUUAAUUACUGUAGUUGGGAUGCCCAUGGAAUUCAGGCCCUCUUUCCUGACAUUCCCUGUGAAAUGGGUGGCUGUUUGUAAGUCUCUUUUUAGCAAUGACAGUACACUACGAAGAGGCACAGCCUCUCUAUUUUUUACAUUAACUUAAGAGUAAACAAAUUUAGUUUGUUUUGUUCUGGUUGUUUUUUUUUGAAGCCAACGUAUUCUGUUUCUCAUACAGUGCCUCCUGUGCAAUAACCUUGCUGAUGUAUUUUCCCUCUACGUGUGAUUCCCCCCACACACUACUCCUCAUUUAGUCUCGGUGCAUUACUUAUGAGAAUAGGAGCUGCUGCCUCACCCAGUGCUGAGAUGAUGUUCCAAAAGUGAUGCAGUGGUCGCUGUUCAUUUAUUUCUCCCUGAAUUUCAUGAAUGUAUGACCUGCUUUAUUUCACUUUCAGUUGAAAUAUUGUCUACGGGUUCUCAGCUGAACUGGGUCCACUGAAAAAGAACAAAAACAGAAAAAGGAAAAAAAAAAAAAAGAAAUUGGCCAAAUUUUUUUGUUUGUUUCUUGAAAAGCAGAGUUGGAUUUUUAUUUUGUGAUUUGCUCUAAAAUUCAGUUUGUUUCUGAUUGGAGAGUGGAAAGUGCAUAUAAGUUAAGAUAGGUUUUAUAUGUACGGUGACAAGCCCCCAUUUGUGCUAGGAGUUUGAGUUCUGCAAUUGCUCUGACAGCAGCAACUGAAAGGAGUACUGGAAUUCAGCUACUGAAUGUGUGGGGUUGUUUUUUUUUUCAUACUAGCUGUUUAAAAGUUCUGUUGAAGAGUUUUGUUUCUGAUCAUAAAAAAAAGAAGCUCUUGCUAUCACAAAGAAAAAAGAAAGAUUGGGCCAAAAUGUGUCAUUGUUUCACUUUCUUUAUUUUCAAGGGAUUAUGGAGUCGUCAUAAGGUUCUUGCCAGUGCCCUCUGCUUUUAUUUUGCCAUCCACUGGCUCCAAACGAGCCUCUCUGGUAUCAAGAGUGCUUUUGUAACUGUUAUACCAAUGGAAGUGGGGAGGUAAAAGGAGCAGUGGUGGCUUUUCAGUUGAACACUGUCACUUUCAAGAUAUUUAAUAUUAAAAAUAUGAAAAGGAAGAUGAAGCAGGUAUAUUCAUAUUAUUUAAGUGUUCUAGUUCCUUGUUAAUAUAAACCCUGGACUGUUAUUUCUUGAGCAUGAUCCUUAUCACUGCUAAUGGAUGCACUGAAACUACAGCAAGCGAGGAGGAUUAUCUCUCCCUAUUGUGCCUGGCAUUGCAUCAGGUUUCCAAACAAGGCGAUUUUGGAGAUCUGUGGCUCAGAGGAUUGAUAAUGGGAUGCUGAACCUUUUUAUCUCCAACUUAUAUUGGUUCAACUCCAGCCUGCUUGAGCAGUAACCAAAAGUUGAUGUGUCAGCAGCAGAUCUGUCCAGCCUUAACACUGUGCAAUGCCCUAUGGUGGACAUCACUAGGCAGCAGAGCUUAUGGUGCUUUCUCGAGGUUGUGUGUGAUGCUGAUGGCAUCGUAGCAGGGACAACCUGAGAGCGUGGCUGGGGCGUGGGUGUGAGCUCGUGUGCGUGGUGCUGUCUGUCAGCUCCUGUUGGGGCAAGAAAGAUCAUCUGUUACUAUCUUUGAGCUCCACAGUACUUGGACAGGACAGCUGUUAAGAACUGGCUGGCAGGUUUUAAGCAUGAAUCUUCAGUUUUGUGAUGAAAAAUCAGAACCUCAAAAUCGCUUUCUUUUGUUUAAAAGAUACUUGGUAUUGUUCACUGCAUUUGUAAGUUGGUCUAAUCCAGUGUCCUUCCCCACUGAAUUUUUACAGGUAAUAUUUUUUAAGGUAAUCUAGAGUAUAUUUUAGUUGCAAUCUAUAUUAAGGCAAAUUAUUUGUUCUGUCUGUUGCUGUGACUGAAGAAAAUUAUGGAAGACUUUGUUGGUAACAAGAAUGCUAUUUAAUGAAGAAAUGUGUAAUUCCAUUAUUUAUUGUUUCAGGUUUGGUUUUUGGUUGUUGCUUUUAAGUAACUGACAUGUAAAGGGAACACACAUACAUUUUGGGCCAGUAAAAAGCCUUUCUUUCUAACUAAUUAUCAUCCUUGUCCUCUGUGCCCUCCCCAAGGUGGGGGGAAGCCCUCACCUUGCCAUCUUUUGUAGCUGCUUUCUCUGACCUUGACUCAGCAUAGCACCACACCACUCGUGUGGCUGAACCUACUGACAGCCCCAUUAACUACCUUCAGGUACACAUGUGCCCAAGUGCAAGCCAAGUACGACUACUCAUUAUGAGCCUAUACAAAAUUCAGUAAUGGGGAUUUUGGCCUUUUUUUUACUAUUUUAAAUGUUGUGCACAAAUACUUUGAAGAACAAACCAAACUUUGUUUUUUCACUGGGGCUGGAACGUGGAAGGAAAAAUGCAUACUAUGGACUUGUUAUGUAGCCUGCUUCUAUUACCUUAAAAUUCCCAACUGAACACUUGUAAUAAACCUUUAACAAAAAAUUGGCAAAUACACCAAAGAA